GUAUGUUUAUGGCGAUGAAAGGGAUGGGUGUGUGGGAGAUAUGCCUAGUUUUUGAAUAAACUGAAACUGAAACGGUUAUUGAUUCGGAUAUUUAUCAAUGCCAACCGUAUUUCUUUAUUUAAACUCGACAUGGAACAUGUAAUGAUAUCAUAGUCACGUGACUACAUUGUCAUUAGGUCAAAAUCAAGUGCAUAAGAUACUGUCACGGUCAUAUGACAUGUAACGAUUUAAGUACUGUUUUAGAUUAUUGAUGAUUCAGUACAUGAUUCUUGAAUGGAUACUAAAAUGUUCAAUUUUAUAUUGAUAUUGCAUGUGUGGAUUACUGACGGUCUGUAAAUAACUAUCUCGGUAUCUGUUUUGUGGACCUACAUUUGGACAUUAUUAGAGCAUGGCGGCUGUACAUUUAAAUCUUCUUUUCGCGUUUAUCGUAAUUGUGACUGCUUGCCAUGGAGAUAUAACACCGGAGUUGGACAAAGUGUUCGGGAUUUAUACAGAAAGAAACAGCUCAUUCAGUAUACAAGGAAGUGGAAACAUUCAGGAUUUCGCUAAUGUGAAUUUGAUAAUAGAUCAACUACAUCAUGUGGAUUUAUAUGAUUUAAUGAAGCAGUUUGGACACGACAAUAAUGCACUUGUCAAAGGCAUUGGAGAGCAUUGCUUCAGCGACACACUGUUUCUCUUGAAAAAUAUUCAGUUGCAAACUGCUUUAUCUUUUAUAGACGCAAUGGGAAAGCCACCUUCCGGUAUUCUUAAAGGCAGCACAUUUUGGGCUGGGGAUAUGCAAGAAUGCUCUGAUAUUCCUGGAAUAAAAAAUGCAGGUACAAACGAAACAUUCAAUGGGAAAUACAUGGUUGUGAGCAUCUUCACCAACGAACGGGCCAUAUCUGCACUUGGUGUGUGUGUACCAUCAUCUUGUAAUGAAACAGAUACGCCUCAGCUAAUGAACCUAGGAAUACUAGCACUAAAAACGUACGUACCUCAGCUAAAAAACGUGAGCAUCGCCGUGACCCAGCCCGCGUAUGGAGUUGAAAGCGAACCGUUAGAUGCCGGCGCAAAGACAUAUCUUGUUAUUGUUGGUAUUCUGGCAUCUGUUGUUAUGAUUUCGACGGUUGUAGACUACUGUUGCACAAAAUGGAAAACUAGAACCGAGAUUUCAGACUUGGAUGGAUCGGAAAAAUACACAGAUCUGCACGAAGGAGACGAUCGAACCGGACUUAUUACAGGAGAACUUUCUUCGACAGUAUCAGAUAUCAGAAUCAAUUCUGCGAAACACUCAUUUUUAAAAUUUGUGAAGGUGUUUUCUAUAUUCUCUAAUGGCAAGAAACUUUUUGGAACGGAAACUGCCUCUGGACCUUUAGCGUGUCUGAACGGAAUUCGAGUUGUGAGCAUGUGGUGGGUCAUACAGGGACAUGUCUAUGCAUUUGUUGUAUACUUUUCAGACAAUACGGCUGAUGUUGCUGAUAUUGUUAAGCGCUUUUCAUUUCAGCCGAUUUUGAAUGGAACGUACUCUGUUGAUAGUUUCUUCUUCCUUAGUGGUCUUUUGGUUGCUUAUCUAGCUGUGAAACAGCUGAGAGCAAGACAGUCGAUGAACUGGGCAUAUUAUGUUUUACAUCGCUAUUGGCGCCUUACUCCCAUGUAUGCUUUUGUAAUUUUCUUCUAUGGCUACGUUUACUUGUACACAUUGUACGGACCGUGGUCGUUCAUCAAAAAAGUAAAAUCUACUCCAGGCCAACCUUCACUAACAGACGGAAUGGACUAUUGUAAGAAGUAUUGGUGGACCAAUCUGUUAUACAUUAACAACUUCUACCCAAAUUACGGUGAUCUCGGAAAAUCUUGUCUGGGAUGGGGCUGGUAUUUAGCAAAUGAUAUGCAGUUUUACUUAUUCAUUGGUCCAUUGAUGUUGAUUCCAGUUUGGCUUAGUUUUACAUACUUUCAACACGGCAUUAAAGCACGAGUUCUUCGUAUUUCAGCCAUUGCUAUAUCAGUCUUAUUGAUAUUUGCAUGUAUAUUUAUCAGAAUGGGACUUGUUCUUUACUACGGCAUUUAUGAUGAACUAACUGGUGCUGCUACAAAGCAUAAGGACGACCCAUACGCCCAACAUGGUCCACUGUAUGGACGACCAUAUGCUCGCUGGUCAGUGUACGUUAUUGGGUUAUUGACUGGCUAUCUCCUCGCUAUGAAAAACAACCGGAUAAGGAUACACCGCCUCCUUGCUCUUCUAGGCUGGUGUGUUGCGAUUGCAUCAGGUUUGGCUGUCAUAUAUGGCCAGUACUAUUAUAACGAACACUUUAGUAUCGACCCCACAAAACCUGGACCUCACAUGACAAAGACACAAGCGGUGUUCUACAUUUCACUUGGUAGAGCGGUUUGGGGACUAUGUUUGGCAUGGAUAGUGGUUGCUUGUGUCUCUGGAAACGGUGGUCCAGUAAGUGACAUUCUGUCUUGGAAAAUAUGGGCACCUCUUGGUCGGCUUACCUACGCGGCCUAUUUGGUACAUCCUAUAGUUAUCUUUCACUAUUACCUUAAUCUGUCCAAGCCCUUUCACAUAGCCGACUUGGAGAUGGUGUAUGCCUUUGUCGCCAACUUGGUUCUUUCGUAUGGGUUGGCAUUCUUGGUUUCUAUGGUGUGUGAGGCCCCCAUGAUUCAGCUUGAGAAGUUCGUCUUGGAAUCCACCAUGGUAACCCAAUUUGGAUCACGGUUCAAUGAGGUUUGGUCUAAUAUGCGCAUGCGUUGUCAGAGAAAAAUCGUAAAUGGAGACUUGUGAAUUAACAUACAUUUCUCUAUAUAUUUCAUUGUAUGUUUCUUACUGUUUUGUUUGAACAUUGUUCACUUGUGUAAGAUCUGAUUCUUCAUAUGUUAAAAGAUCUGUAUAUUUACAUGUUUUGCUCUUAUGUUUUGUUUUUGAAAAUUAUAAAUUAAUACCUUAUGUUUCUGCCACUGAUUUCUGUAAUUAGACUUUCUACAUCGGUGUUAUAUUAGUUGAUCACCAACUUAAUCGAACUAUAUUGGAAUUUGUUCUAAAUUUGAUAUCGGGUAUGUGUUUACUAAAGCAUUAGAUUUAUACCUGUUUUAAGUGUCUAUUCAGUUUAUGCGGCCGAAGAUACUUCAAAAAGUCAUGUAAUACCUUGUUUAGGAUCGCCGCUUUACUCAAAACCAUGUCUAUUAACAUGUUGUUCAAGCAUGAAAAUGAAAAUCUCGUCGAAAAUGGUGGAGUGAUCAAAAACCCCGUUUCAAAGCAGAAUUUUAUACACAUUUUGACUAUGUUACAAAAACUUUUUAUUAAGAAAACAAAUUGUAUUUUCAAUUAAGUCAUAUUACUUCUUUAAAGAGAUAUUUGAUAUUAAUUGAACUUUAUUAAUGACAAUGAGGAUCGAAUUAUAUGAAUGAAGAUGUAUAAAACUUGUCAAUUUAAUCAAGACGGCCACCGUAAUGGACUGCAAAAACACAUUUGAUUGAUAAGUAUUAUGUUUCUGGGUAUACAUGGACUGUGUGGUUUGAAGGUUUUUACCGUUUAUCCCAUUACAUAAACAGUUUUUCUAUAAAAGGAAAUUACACUGUUUGCAGAAAGCACGAUCGCAUUGCCAGUGAACACCGGUAAAACAGUCAUGUCGUAUUUGCUUAAGAUAAUGAUUAAUAGUUUCGUAUAUAUCUGCAUAUGUGGGUUUUAAAGCACACGGUUGUGUACAGUCGAUAAUGUAUGUCUGAGUUUUGUUUCAGUACAACCGAAUUGUUAAACCGUUUGUUAGCUUCAUGUUUAGAAGUGUAUUAAAUUUGAACCUGA